GCGUGCUGGCCGGUGUUGUGCCUCCGCAGGUUUGGAAGUUAGUGGCCGGAGGGGCCUGGUCCGGAUACUGCUAUUGUCCCCUUUUUUUCCCGACCUUCCUCCGAGACUAUUCUUCCUUUGCAGCCUCCUUCCACACCCCGGGCUGCCUCUGGGACUCAUGAACUACCCUUAGAAAAAAGGCUCUCAGAAGGUUCAUCUGUUAAGAAGAUAAAGAAGGUAGUGGACGCAGAGCCUCCUAAGCUUUUCAGGCCCUAAAUGGCUGAAGAAUUUAGAAAGCUUUCAGCCUCAUCUCCACCAGAUCAGGCUCCUGAAGAGGACCUUGUAAUUGUCAAGGUAGAGGAGGAUCAUGGUUGGGACCAGGAAUCUAGUCUGCAUGAAAGUAACCCUCCUGGCCAAGAACUGUUCCGCUUGCGCUUCAGGCAGUUAUGUUACCAGGAGACACUAGGACCCCGAGAAGCUCUGAUCCAACUCCGGGCACUCUGCCAUCAGUGGCUGAGGCCAGAUUUGAACACCAAGGAGCAGAUCCUGGAGCUGCUGGUGCUGGAGCAGUUCUUGACCAUCCUACCUGAGGAGCUCCAGACUCUGGUUAAGGAACAUCAGCUAGAGAACGGAGAGGAGGUGGUGACUCUGUUAGAGGAUUUGGAAAGGCAGAUUGAUAUACUGGGACGACCAGUCCCGGCUCGUGUACAUGGACAUAGGGUACUCUGGGAGGAAGUGAUACAUUCAGAAUCUACACCAGAGGCUCCAAGUACUCAGCUCCAACCUGUGGCAAUCCAGCAUAAAUCUCCAGUGUCCCAAGGGCCACAAGAGAGAGCCUUAUCUGCUUCUCAGAGUCCCACUCCUUCCCAGAAAGGAAGUUCUGGAGACCAGGAAAUGACAGCUACACUUCUAAGAUCAGGGUUCCAGACUUUGGAGAAGAUCGAAGACAUGGCUGUGUCUCUUAUUCGAGAAGAGUGGCUUCUUGAUUCAUCACAGAAGGAUCUGAGUAGAGCUAACAAGCCAGAGAAUUACAGAAACAUGUUCUCCCUGGGUGGUGAGACCAGGAAUGAGAACAGGGAAUUAGCUUCAAAACAGGUAAUAUCUACUGGAAUCCAACCACAUGGAGAGACAGCUGCCAAAUGCAACGGGGAUGUUAUCAGGGGUCUUGAGCAUGGAGAAGUCCGAGACCUUCUGGGCAGAUUAGAGAGGCAGCGGGGAAAUCCUACACAAGAGAGACGACAUAAAUGUGAUGAAUGUGGGAAAAGCUUUGCUCAAAGCUCAGGCCUUGUUCGCCACUGGAGAAUCCACACUGGGGAGAAACCCUAUCAGUGUAACGUGUGUGGUAAAGCCUUCAGUUACAGGUCAGCCCUUCUUUCCCAUCAGGAUAUUCACAACAAAGUAAAACGCUAUCACUGUAAAGAGUGUGGUAAAGCCUUCAGUCAGAACACAGGCCUGAUCUUGCACCAGAGAAUCCACACUGGGGAGAAGCCAUAUCAGUGCAAUCAGUGUGGGAAGGCUUUCAGUCAGAGUGCGGGCCUUAUUCUGCACCAGAGAAUCCACAGUGGGGAGAGACCUUAUGAAUGUAAUGAGUGUGGGAAAGCUUUCAGUCAUAGCUCACACCUCAUUGGACAUCAGAGAAUCCACACUGGGGAGAAGCCCUAUGAGUGUGAUGAGUGUGGGAAAACCUUCAGACGGAGCUCACAUCUUAUUGGCCAUCAGAGAAGCCACACUGGGGAGAAACCCUACAAAUGCAAUGAGUGUGGGAGGGCUUUCAGUCAGAAGUCAGGCCUUAUUGAACAUCAGAGAAUCCACACUGGAGAAAGACCCUAUAAAUGUAAAGAAUGUGGGAAAGCUUUCAAUGGGAACACUGGUCUCAUUCAACAUCUGAGAAUCCACACAGGGGAGAAACCCUAUCAAUGUAAUGAGUGUGGGAAAGCCUUUAUUCAGAGGUCAAGUCUCAUUCGACAUCAGAGAAUCCACAGUGGUGAAAAAUCUGAAUCCAUAGGAGUUUACGAAAAGCUUCAAUCAUAGUUUGAGCAUUAUUCAACGUUAGAGGGUGAGAGAUCUUUAGUAAAAAGGCAGAAAGUUUAUCAUCGUGGCAACUUUAGUGUCAGAAUCUAUAGUGGUGGCAAAGUUAGAAUAGCUCUUCAAUAGUUUGGGCCCUGUGCCUUGAUGCACAUUGAUUAGCUUGACUGUCGUUGGAGGUACCUAGUGGAUUGGCACUCCUGAUGGCCUGAUGUAUCCUUUAGAAAUUUAACAUAGUAUUAGCGCAAGUUGCUUGUCAUGACUUGAGGCACUUAACUUUGUCUUUUGGGUGAGUAGCUAUAGGUUUGAAAGUGGCUGCUACUCCUAGUUCCUCUGUUUCCUCCCAUCUCCCGUGAAGCCUUUCUCCCAUUUAUUCCCCUAGGGGUGCCCUUGUACUCCCAAUCUGAUCUAAAAAGCUGCUCUAGAGUCCAUAGCAGCCUGUAUGUGAAACUUAUAUUUAGCUUUUUAAGAUCCCAGUUUUAGGAACAUUUUUAUAGACACUUAAUGUAUUUAUGCUUAAGUGUCCAAUUUUUUAUUCUAAUGUUCCUUAUAGUCAGUGGAAAUCCGUAUUCCCAUGCAGACUCAGAAUGCUAUAUUUUUAACAGCACCCAAGCAUUUUACUUCAUAUAUCUCCUUCACUGACUCCACUCAGUCAUUAAGCAUCUGUAUGUAUCCUUCAUUGCCCCCAGUCCUCGUACCUGUGUGAGCAAAGGAAGUGGACACAUUUACUAGUGGUUAUGGGAGUGAAGCAGAGAAAGAGGUGAGUGGAGACUCAGCCCAGCUGCUCUUAAGCUUGGAUAGUUGUCGCUGUCAGUGACUUCUGACUCUCCUUCCACCUCCCCACUGUACACUGUGGUACAAGUAGAUAUUGUGUUAUCCUAGUUAUAGCAUCAGAUAGGAGGAGGAAGAGACAGAGGUGCUUGAAAAAGACAUAAAAAUCCUUAAAAAGAAUGUACUUUAUCCCUUUAGGCCCAUUAUAGUACUGGUCUCUCAGGUUCCUAUGAGCCUGCACAAGCUCCCUGACUAGAUGGUCUGUCACACUUGUCAUUACCUUGGACCCACCUCCUUAGAUGGCCUCAGCACCUCACUCAUUAUUCUCCAUCUAUUUCUUACUAUCAGUUUAUAUAAUUUUAAUAUCCAUAGUGGUAAUCUAAUACCUCACAAUUCCUCAUUCUUGUGAAUUCUGGUAUACUCUAUCUAUAAUCCAUGAACGUAAUCUACCAACAAAGACAAACUAAUUAAACUCAUUAGCACCAGGCACUAUGUUUCAUCUUUGAGGUAUUCCAAGGAAUACUGUAUAAAGUAAUGAGGCUGGUUUAAAGUAACAUGCUAGAACUUAUGCAUCGAAUAUGGGUUAACCUUUAAAUUGGAUAGUUCUUAUUAUUCCAAAGUACUAUUCUAGUAGUGCUACUGAUCCUCAAAAUAUUUGGAAUAUUCUUAGAAUCCCCAUAUAAUAAACCAUAAAAGAAAACCCUCUAUUACUGUUACUUAGAAUUGAAUAAUUUUUGGUUUUCUAAAAUUAACUCUCAGAGUUGAAAUUGAUUCUAUUAAGCCUAUUCAGAAAACUAUUUAGAUUCUGAUGAAAACUCCACAAUAGCACACUGAAAAGGGAUAACAAUCAUUAUUUUAUGAUUGAUGGAUUAAAAAAUUCAAUCAUAAAACCUUAACUCAUAGAGGUCCACAUUUUGGAUCAUAAAUUGCUUCCCUAUAGCCCCCCUUUUCUACCUACCUGUGGCCCACUUUGACUAACAACAUCAAGGUUAUCUACAUCUAUUUCAUUGAGCUAUUGGUGAAAGAAGCCACCCAUCACUUAUCUUGAUUUGCAAUCCUUUCCAUUAUCCUUUAUUUUCUUAUCCUCUUUUUUUUUUGACCUGUAGGUUACCAUUCCUAAUUCCCUUGUACUUGAAAUUUAAGGAAACCAGAAACAAGUAAAUCUGGUUGUGUCUAGGUCCUUGCUGUCUGCUUCAGUUGUGCCUUACCCUCUGUAAAAUACUGACUCUGCCUGGGGCCAGUACUACCUUGUAUGCAAAUAUUACAUACGAGGGGUACAUUGUCAGAGGGAAAAUACGCAGGUAUGUGCAUGUGUAAGUACACACACACUCCUCCCAUAUGCUUUAGAGAAACACUUGCCUUCUAUUCCAUUGAAGUGCUCUCUUAGUAGAGCAACAUAUUGAAAUGUCUGUAGAUAUACAGGCUAAUAAUGUCUUUUUAUGCAUCAGUGUCCAGAGUAAUAUGUACCAGAUUACUUAAAUCUCAGAAUUACUAAACAUCUGGCAGAAAUUCAGAGAAAAGAAAUGAAGAUGUAUAGAAAAAUUACUGUUACACUGGAGUGAGUGUAAAAAAAGACUGUUUCUUGAAAAAAAUAUCAAAGAUAAUUCAGCACAUGUAUAGAAAUAGCCAAGUGGUGUAAGACAAUAGAAAAGGCUGUAGAUUCUUUGAGGACAUAAGUAGAAGUCAUUCUUAGUAUAUAGUUCUCACUCUUAGCACUAGAAUAUUAUUGAUCAGUCUCUAUGACAUUAUUUUGAGCUCUUACCUGAAUGAUGUGCAUUAAAGCUCACUUACCCUGCAGAUUGUUUUUAUGCUUUUAAUCUGAAAUGGACUAUUCACCUCUCUUCUCCCAUCCUCAGCUUCUUCUUUUUAGGACCUAAGGUGGUUCUUCCAUAACUCUUUGGCCAUCCAACAUAGUCAUAGGAGAGGUAUCUUAGGUUUCAAAGAUUUUUCUCCAUGGAGCAAAGUGGCAGUACUAGAGUGUGGUGGUUGAUUCCCAUACAAGAGCAUUUAGCUUUACUCUUGGUUCUGAGUCUCCAAAUAAUAAUAGCUGACAUUUAUUGAUCACUUACUGUGUGACAAACUCUUCUGUUAAGCAUUUCUCAUGCUUCUGAUAGGUAUUAUUAUAUCCCCCAUUUUAUAGAUAAAGAAACUAAGGCUUUGAGGGUUGAGUGAGUUGAUCAAUAUCACACAACAAGUAAGUGAUAGAAAAGAUUCAAACCUAUAGAAUCUGAUUCUAGAGCAUGUACUUCUGACUACUGUGCUAUGCUGGCUAUAAUAAACACCAUAACUCUGGCCAUCUGUUUAAAAAUAUGUAUCCCUGGUCAUGAGGUUGAAAAUGCCAUUUAGGGUUAUAAUUAUAUCAUCUUCAAAUGUUGACACUUUGUAGUACUAGAAAGCUGAAUUAUGUGAAUAAAAUAUGUUUAAAAGAGUAACUGGGAGGAUAACGCAGUAAUAACUUGCAGAUUUAAAUAUAUUUCUCUCUAAACUGCCUAAAGGAAAGUAGAAUUGUGGAGAAAAAUGAAAUAUCCAUGUACCAGGCCAGGCAGAUGGGCAGUUAGGAUGACAAUAGUAAGUUUAUCUACAGCAUAAAAUGUGAAAAACCUUCAAUCUCGUUGCCCUUUUCUGUUUCUCUUCUGUCAUUUCUGGUUUUUCAAACAUGUCAUCUAUUUUUCAGCCCCAUUUUCUUAUUAAUCUCUUAAAACUUCUCCUUA